CAACCCUGCAGUGAGGAGAAAGCACACUUUGCGAAUCUCACUCUUGUCAUUCUCUCCCGUUGAAACUUCUUACACACACUCCCCCACCAGAUCGUCCAUCAAGGUCAUCCUCCUCCCCGAACCCGACGAACCCCACCAUACACCACACUACGAAGCAAGAGAAAGAACGCAGCCAUGUCCACUGAAGGUCAGACCAUCACCUGCAAAGCCGCCGUGGCCUGGGAAGCCGGCAAAGACCUCGUUAUUGAGGAUGUCGAGGUGCUCCCACCGCGCGCUCAUGAGGUCCGGAUAAAGGUCGCCUACACCGGCGUGUGCCACACGGAUGCGUACAUGCUCAGUGGAAAGGACCCCGAGGGUGCGUUCCCGGUCAUCGCGGGACAUGAGGGUGCGGGUAUCGUGGAGAGCAUUGGCGAGGGUGUGACGAAUGUCAAAGUUGGAGAUACCGUUGUUGCGCUUUACACACCCGAAUGCAAAGAAUGCAAGUUCUGCAAAUCCGGCAAGACCAACCUCUGCGGCAAGAUUCGCGCCACGCAGGGUAAAGGAGUGAUGCCCGAUGGCAGCUCUCGCUUCCGAUGCAAGGGCAAAGACCUCCUGCACUUCAUGGGCUGCUCGACCUUCUCCCAAUACACUGUCGUCGCCGACAUCUCCGUCGUGGCCGUGACCGACAAAGCUCCCAUGGACCGCACCUGUCUUCUCGGCUGUGGUAUCACCACCGGCUACGGCGCCGCGACCAUCACCGCUGGCAAGAACGGUGUCGAGAAGGGCGACAACGUGGCCGUGUUCGGAGCUGGCUGUGUUGGUCUGAGUGUCAUCCAGGGUGCCGCCAGCAGAAACGCGGGCAAGAUCAUCGUGGUUGAUGUCAACGACUCGAAGAAAGAGUGGGCGAGCAAGUUCGGAGCGACGGACUUUGUCAACCCGACCAAGGACCUCAAGGAGGGCGAGAAGAUUCAGGAUCGUUUGGUCGAGAUGACAGAUGGCGGCUGCGACUACACUUUCGACUGCACGGGUAACGUGCAUGUCAUGCGAUCCGCGCUCGAGGCCUGCCACAAGGGUUGGGGCGAGAGCAUCAUCAUUGGUGUUGCGGCUGCUGGACAGGAGAUUGCUACACGACCGUUCCAACUCGUCACCGGCCGCGUAUGGAAGGGCUGUGCUUUCGGUGGUGUCAAGGGCCGCAGCCAAAUGGGUGGUCUCAUCGACGACUACAUGGGCGGCAAGCUCAAGGUCGACGAGUUCAUCACUCAUCGCCAGAACUUGGGUGGCAUCAACGAUGCUUUCCACGAUAUGCAUGCGGGUGACUGCAUUCGCUGUGUGGUGGAUAUGCAGAAGCUUUAGAUUCUUCGAGGGGAUGAUGAGGAAGGCACAGCGGAUAUAGUAGUUCUAGAGAGCAGGAUGUCAUGAGAGUUAUGAGUAUCG